CAGCCGCGCGGCUCCGAGUGACAGCGCUGUGCUGCCCGAGGUCUUGAGCGGCUCGCCAUGGCUGGCCCGCAGCAGCAGCCCCCUUACCUGCACCUGGCCGAGCUGACGGCGUCCCAGUUCCUGGAAAUCUGGAAGCAUUUCGAUGCAGACGGAAAUGGAUAUAUUGAAGGUAAAGAGCUAGAAAACUUUUUCCAAGAGCUGGAGAAGGCAAGAAAAGGCUCUGGCAUGAUGUCAAAGAGUGACAACUUUGGAGAGAAGAUGAAGGAGUUCAUGCAGAAGUAUGACAAGAACUCAGAUGGAAAAAUUGAGAUGGCAGAGCUGGCACAGAUCCUGCCAACUGAAGAGAAUUUUCUUCUGUGCUUCAGGCAGCAUGUGGGCUCCAGUGCUGAGUUUAUGGAGGCUUGGCGGAAAUAUGACACGGACAGAAGUGGCUACAUUGAAGCCAAUGAGCUCAAGGGUUUCCUGUCAGACCUGCUGAAGAAGGCCAACCGGCCAUAUGAUGAGCCCAAGCUCCAGGAAUACACCCAAACCAUACUACGGAUGUUUGACUUGAAUGGCGAUGGCAAAUUGGGUCUCUCAGAGAUGUCCCGACUCUUGCCUGUACAAGAAAACUUCCUGCUGAAAUUUCAGGGCAUGAAGCUGACCUCAGAAGAGUUCAAUGCCAUCUUCACAUUUUAUGACAAGGAUGGAAGUGGCUACAUUGAUGAGAACGAGCUAGAUGCCCUUCUGAAGGAUCUGUAUGAGAAGAACAAGAAGGAGAUGAACAUCCAACAGCUCACCAACUACAGGAAGAGUGUCAUGUCCUUGGCAGAGGCGGGGAAGCUCUACAGAAAGGACCUGGAGAUUGUGCUUUGUAGCGAGCCCCCAAUGUAAAGUGGGAGAGGGAAGCUACUCCAGCACCUCCCCCAAACUGUGUCCUACUGUCCUAACACUUCUCCCCAGACCUAGAGAUCAAGACCUCCCUUCCCCUUUCCCUGCAACCUGCGUACACUAGCUUUCAGAGCAGGAAAGGAGAGAUGGAGGGUGUGGGUGGCUAGUAGGGUUCAUUCAAGCCCACUGCAACCCAGCCUGACCACGCAUACAGCUCUGCCCACAGUGGGUCACCAGCUGCGUGGAAGGUGGGCGGGGACACAGGUGGAGCUUCCCUAGUUCCCUUUGCUGUGAUGCAUGAGCUCCGUCCUCAUAUCAUUUAGGAUCUGUGUCCAACAGAGUAGACGUCUCCCCUUCGCUGGCCCCUACUUUCUCCAGGCCACCACCCAUCCCCAACUUCCAGGUUCUGCCCACCACCGUGCUCAUGGUGUAGCUAUCGCCUUGGAGUUCCUGUCGUGGAGGACGUCCAUCCUCUCCUGGCCUUCUUUACUUGUGUGUACCUUUUCUCUUUGGAUUUCCUGUCUUCUUGUUUACCAAAGAAGUUUACAGACAAUAAAGUGGAAAAAUUCUGCUUGUGGAA